GGAACUAUUUCUACUAUAUCAUUUACGUCAUUUAUCUGAAAUUACAAUGAUAUUGGUGGAAGAAGAGAGGAGGCUGAACAAAUAAACACCAUGCCAGUCAUAUGCGAAUCAACGCUUGGAUCGCCGAUUGUGUCUGAGCGGUUCUCCAAUAGAAUUAACAGGUCUUGCAGAGAUGAAUAUGAUGCCCAUUUGUGAAUGGUUGGGUUUGGACAUUUCUCACAGUACUAUAGGCCUACAAAGUCUGCAAGUGGACUACUUCAGCUAUGUUCUUCACAGUAAGGAUAAUAAAGAUAUGGUACAAUAUGGUAUUGGUUAUGUAAUACACAUUCUAAGUGGUGUAGAGACUUCAGUAGAAUUAAAGUUUUACAUAGAUUUAGUUUCAGUUCCAUUUGUUACAAUGGAUAUUCUUUGCUGUGACAUACUGUCUUUAAUUUUGCUUCUAAAUCUCCCCCUGUGUGCAAGGAAUGUAGCGCGCAGGAUCAAACGCAGGUCAGCAAGAUUGCAAGACCACCACGUUAUCGCUGCACUGCACAGCACACAGCAAUGCCAUAGAAAGCCACUGGCAACAUACGGAUGCAUCUCUGGCUCUCUAGUUUCUCGAAAUUCAGCCGUAAAAGGAGGGAGAUUCCGUUUAAUUCGGUUUAUACAUCCGGCUUUGCUGUACCUUCGUCCCGGCCUUUCAUCUAGUCUCAGGUACGUAGAUAAAAUGAAUUCGUGCGUAAAUUGUACUAUUCAAGAAAUAAAGGGAAAAAAACUCCAUACACUGGAUUUCAAACGGGAGUAUGGAACCCACCGGCUUUUGUCUAUCUUUUAAUAGCAUCUAUUGCAUAACAUAUACCUCUUAACAGUUUUUUCCUUUCGUGUGCUGUGCAAUAUCCACGGUGUUCUGUGACAUCUGGUUCGUAGGCCUGUGGUUACAUAUAUAUUUUCCCCCAUUUAUAUGUGCGUGUGUGUCUGACGCUUCUACGUGUGCAAUAUGCCACAGACGGAAAAAUAAGGUGAGAAUUUAUGUUUUUUUCUCUCUCUCUUUUUUAGUUAUUUUGAUUUUUGCUGCAUAGCGUUUUUUUCUUCUUUUUGUUGAAGUUGCAAUCCAUUUCCGAU